GGAGACAAUGCUGUUGUUCUCGUAUUGUAUAACUGCUAUCCUUUGUACGCAGUAACUUGAUCUAACUUUAAUCGACUAUUCCUGCAGAAUGCUCGGGAAAAUCGCCCUCGAAGAAGCCUUUGCCUUGCCUCGUUUUGAGGAAAAGACUCGUUGGUGGGCUAGUCUUUUCUCUACAGAUGCAGAACAACAUGUACGAGAAAUCACGGAUAUCGACAUGCUACGUAUCGAAUACGCCAAUAAGCAUGGUGUUGGCUACCAAAUUCUCUCGUAUACGGCCCCUGGUGUCCAGGAUAUCUGGGACCCGGACGAGGCGCACGCCUUGGCGGUUGAGAUCAACGAUUACAUAGCUGAGCGCGUUAGCAAGGCACCGGAUAGGCUGGGGGCGUUUGC